CCUGGCUGACGUUGAUGACGCACCAAGCCCUUUGGCGCGGAAGUUUGUUUUGUAACUUGUGUCCGACUGUGGACGAACUGCCGUCGUCUGUUUCUGUACAGUACGUGUCCCGUCGAAUCAGUCUGACGGAUUUGUGACAGCCGACAACAACACCUCCAUAUAACGUCACGUACGCGAGAUGAUGCGCAAAAAACGACGCUCCUCUGUGGAUAAAGGAGAGGGAGCCACUGCGACUACGAAGGCAAAGAAGAGUCGGGGCUCUACUCGCCAGCCCAAAGAAGCAGUGCGAGAAGACACAAAUGAAAGUGUGUUUAGUGUUUUUCUGAGACAGGCCGGUGUCACCCUGAGGCAAGGUUGCACAUCCAAUGAGAUUGCGGUCGAUCAAGUCGUUUUCCAAAAAAGGAUACAGCAACAACUACGGAAGAGUCCCAAGUACCCGGGAGUUGUACAGGAAUUCAUAACGGGAUUAGAGUCUCACAUUGAGGACCCUGAGAGUUUUCGAAAUUGCCUCCUGCCAUGUGUCCCACAAUUGUCAGACGGAGACGCCAGUUCUGUCUCCGGCUCGUUCCAGGAAAGUCUGCUGCGCAUGCUGUUGGGGAUUGAGAUGCUGCAGACUUCCAUCAUUAACACUUUGCUUGAGAAACUUCCUGAAUUUAUGUUGGAUGGCACUGGAGAUGGAGGAAUCAGUGUUCCACACUUAAUUAUUAACCAGCUCAAAUGGCUAGACAGAGUCGUGGACAGCAAGGAGCUGGCAACGAAGCUCAUGGAGCUGGUGUCAGUAGCCCCAGUGGACGUUCAGCAAGACAUCAUCACCAGUCUGCCGGAGAUAUUGGAAGACUCCCAGCACAAUGACAUAGCCAGGGAGCUCAACUCUUUACUCCAGACCAACACUCAGCUGACUGUCCCCAUCCUGGAUGCCCUCUCAAGUCUGAACCUCAGUUCCUCAUUACUGACUGAGGUUCGUGGAGCAGUUAUGUCCACACUGGCUGCUGUGCAGCUGGAAGACCUGCCUGUGGUUGUCAAGUUCAUCCUGCACUCUGUCUCAGCCUUUGAUGCAUAUGAGGUGGUGAAUAGUCUUCGUAAGAAGCUGGAGCUGGAGCAGUGUGUUCUCCCUCCAGUGCUGCAGGCCUCUCAGAGCCGCAUGAGGGGCAAAGGAGCAGCAAUGGCCGCUUCCACACACGCAGCCGGCAGCAGCGUCACAUUGAUAAUGGACGGCAUCAAGUCCGCAGUGAGAUUCCAGAAAAUGAUUUCUGAGGCUUGGCUCAAGGCAAUAGAGUCUGUGGAUGAAGCAGAGAACCAUAAGGUCAUAGAUCUGCUGGUACUCUUCAUCCUCCACUGCACCAAUCCCAACCAGAGCCGACGGGGAGCCGAGAGGAUUCUGAAGUCCAAAGUGAGGACUGGACUGAUCCAGGAGGCUCUGCUGCAAAAGACCUUCAGGGACUAUUCUCAGGUCAUGCGAGGGUAUUUCGCCUCCAUUCUGGCUCUGGCUCAGUGUCUGUUACGCUCCCCUGACCCCUGUGUGGUGCCUUUUGGUGGACACAUGUACCGACUCUCCUUCACUGUGUUUGACCCUUACUGCCAACAGGAGGUGGUGGGCUCUUUAGUGACCCAUGUCUGCAGUGGUGUGGGUGGGGAGGUGGACAUGGCUCUGGAGCUACUCUGUGGUCUGGUGACAGAAAACCCGUCAGAAAUGGCUCUGUAUGCCGUCUUUGUUAAGGGAAUUUUGGACUACAUGGACAACCUCACACCACAGCAGAUCCGCAGACUCUUCCACCUCCUGAGCAGACUGGCCUUUGGGCAACAGCAGCAAGGAUCUCACAUCCAGGAUGACAUGCAUAUUGUUAUCCGUAAACAGCUCUCCAGCACUGUGCCCAAGUACAAGCGUAUCGGCAUCAUUGGUGCCGUCAUGAUUGUCGGCAGCAUGGGGGCCUUUAGGCCUAAAGGGAAGGAGUCAAAGAAUGAGCCGUUACCCCAGGAGACGUUCAGACAGGUGACAGCCCUGCUGGAGCUUGUGAGGUCGAGCAGCGAGAGCUCCCCCGAGGCUGGAGCUCUGUACUACGACGAACUGGCCAAUCUGAUCCUGAGCUCUACCCUGGACCCACAGGUGCAGGAACACAUUGCAAAGAGUGUUCUAGAUGACUUUCAGGAUGGCUUUGUGGUGGAUCUAGGCCUGGAAACCACAUGUUCCAUCCCUUUCCCGGCCCGUGUGAUGUACAACCUGGAAGAGGAAGAUACGCAGGAUGGAAUCGCCAUUAACCUGCUGCCUCUACUGGCCAAAGACAUUCAGAACAAAGGAGAGCAGCAGUGUCAAACCAAGAAGGCACACAAGCGAGUGUCUCCUCUCUGUCUGUCUCCGUUCUUUCGCCUCCUGAGACUUUGUGAGGAGAAGCAGCAUCAGGGAGACCUAGAGGAGAUCGAUGCUCUGCUGGGCUGCCCGCUGAUCCUAACAGACAUGGAGGCAGUAGAGAAAAUGGAGAGCCUGUCCAAAGCUGAGCGGGAGUUCCUCUGUCAUUUACUCUUUCACACCAUCAACUGGUUCAGAGAGGUCAUAAACGCAUUUUGUAGGCAAAAGGAAACUGAGAUGAAGAUGAAAGUGAUGACUCGUCUGCAGAACAUCACCUACCUCCAGACUCUGUUGGAGAGGGCUUUGGCUGGAACAGCUGGCUAUGUUCCGCCUGUUGCUAACUUUGAUGGAGAAAGCUCAGAUGGAGCCACAUUAAGUUCCACUGCUCCUGUGAAUAAGGCAAAGAAAGAUGGCUCAGGAAAGAAGAGAAAGACCCCUGGUAAGGCUUCCUCCGAAAGCAGCUCUCAACUUGAGGAGAUGACUGAAGCAGAUGAAACUCAGCAGGAUCAGCCAGAGAAGGAGAAGGAGAAGGAGAAGGAAAAGGAAAAGGAAAAGGAAAAGGAAAAGGAGAAAGAGAUCUGGCAUGGAGUCAGUCUGGUGUCAUACAGACAGUUUUUCCGGGAGCUGGACAUGGAGGUGCUCAGUGUGCUGCAGUGCGGCCUGCUGUCUCGCUCACUGUUGGACUCUGAGCUCCACACCAAAGAGAAAGAGGAGGUCCUGCUGGGUCCUGCUGAGCUGGUCUUCCUGCUGGAGGAUAUGCUUCGCAAACUGGAGUUCAGUCUCACCUCUGCCCCUGUCAAGAGAGCCCCUUUCCUCAAGGUAAGGACGGAUAAAAGUGUGGGCUUCUCCCACCUACAGCAGAGGAGCUCCAAGGAUAUUGCUGCCUGCUGUGUCCAGCUGUUGCCGGCCCUCUGCUCACACUUGGAGAACUGUCACAACCAUUUUCAGACGCUGCUGUCUGAGAACGACGGCGUUGUAGAUGGACCUGCGACUGAUGUGCAGGAGCAACACUUGAUGUCGACUUGCUACCAGCUGCUCCUGCAGGUCCUGAACACCACCUUCAGCUGGUCUGGAUUCAAUCUGCCCGGUCAGCGGAGCUUACUGAAGAAAGCCCUGGGAGUUUUGGCUGAACGACUCAACGGACAUUCCGAGUUGACCCUGGAGCAGCUUGUAAAACACAGCUUCGAGUACCUGCUGAACUUCGGCAGCACCAUGCCUAGUCUCAGCACAGCGCUGUGUCUCUCUCAGCUUCUGUCCACUGUGUCGGAGAAGGGAGGGAACCCUUCGACCUACAGAGAGCAGACCGCUUCCCUAGCAAAGCGUUUCCUGAGCCAGGACUGGUUGACGGCCAGAGGAGAGAAGGAGCGUGGGAACAAAUUCAAUGAAGCUCUUCACACUCUUCUGAGCAUCUACCUAGAAAAUGUUGAUGAUGUUCUGAAGGCAGUGGAGGAAAUAGCUGGAGAAAGAAUCCCUGAGCUCCUCAAUGCAGCGAAAGAUGAGAGCUCUGCAUCAUGGCCCACUCUCAGCAGGCAAACAUUCCUGGUGUUCUAUAAAGUGAUGAUGGCAGAGCUGGAGAAAGCCGUUAGGAAAAUUCCUGCAAGCAAAAUCAGUGACAACGUUGAGGCUCAGAAUGAGAAGCUGCUGACAUGGAACCUGGCUGUCAGAGACUUUCACAUACUGGUCAACUUUGUUAAGGUGUUUGAUUCCAGGCCAGUGCUCAAUGUGUGCCUCAAGUAUGGUCGCCUUUUCCUGGAGUCUUUCCUGAAGUUGGGAAUGCCGCUACUGGACUUCAGUUUCAAAAGGCACAAGGAGGAUGUCCAGAAUCUACUGAAAACCAUCCAGCUCAGCACCAGGCAGCUCCAUCACAUGUGUGGACAUUCUAAGAUCAACCAGGACACAAGCCUGACCAACCACGUGCCGGCCCUGAAGAAGAGCCUGGAGUUGUUUGUGUACAGAGUGAAGGCCACGCUCACACUCAACAACUGUCAGGAGGCAUUCUGGAUUGGCAACCUGAAGAACCGCAACCUGAGGGGUGAAGAGAUUCUUUCUCAGAGGACAGAAGGAAGUGAUGAUGAUGAAGAUGAUGAGGAGCAGGAGGAGCGACAUCCAGUGCUGCCCCAGGAAGAGUCCGAAGAUGAGGCCCAAGAAAGUGACGCUGAGGAACGUGAGAAGAUUAAAGGAAAGGAAAAUGUGGAUGAAGGUGAUCUCACAGAUGACUCAGAGUAACACUUAACAGCACAUGUAAAUAAUAGGACUUUAAUUUUACACGCAUGCAUCUGCAUCAAAAUCCCAUUCGUGGAUCAGCUUUUGAAGUUAUGAAUGUCUGUCUUAUUGGCUCCAUUGAAAACUGCUGUGCAUUGGGCAGUGUGCGGGUAUAUGAUUAUAUAUUACCAAUAUAUUACAGAUAUAGUUGUAUUAUCAAGAAUGUGGCAACAACACUGCAAAUUCAUGAGAUGCAUAAAUGUACUUCCACGUGUUUAUUUCUCUGUCGAAGAUAAAUUGUGCCCAUUAAGUAGGUGUUUUCCCUGUUUUCAGACAAAAUAAAAUAUGUAUUGUUCAGAGAUAAUGUUGGUUCGAGUUGUAAUCCGGUAGUAACCAUAUUUCAUACAAUUAAUAAAUAGUCAUUGUGUAUCCCAGGUCUUGUGUGUGAUAAACGGGGAGGCUUUUCCUUUUCUUAUUGGGUUAUUACAAAAAGUAAUGUGUGAUAUAAACUGUAUACUUGUACAUGUACUGUUGGAGCACUGGUCCUGGGGCCUCAGUUGUAAACAUGUUAGAGCAGGAUGUGAAAGAUGACUUAACCUACACAACAUUUAGGAUUUAUAAAAACAAGCCUUAUUGUAAAACAGACAUUCUGCUUUGAAAUACAUCUUCGGCAGCCAGUAAACUCCCAACUGAUGUGAAAGCAGGGGUGUUUGAGUAAAAUGUUUGACAUGA